CAUUGCAUUUCCGCAUUGGCUCGGAUUACAAUCGAUGAUCAGAAUAUGGUUCAACUCGUUUUUCAGAAAAGUUGAAUCAAAAACUAGGUGGAGAAGUCUUAUUAUCGAAAAAAUGGAUCUGAAAGGGCGUAUAGUCAUUUAUACCAUAACAGGUUGCCCUCACUGUUUACGCGCCAAGUCCAAAUUACGAGAACUAGAACUGCCGUACACGGAUGUCAAUUUGGAUAAUUUCCCACAAUGUAGAGAGCCACUCGCGGAGAGGACUGGCAAGAACACAGUGCCGCAGAUCUUUUUUAACGCAACACAUAUUGGCGGCAAUGAUGAUUUUCAAAAGCUUGUAGAGGAAAAAGAAAAUUUUGAAAAGCUUGUAGAAGAUGUGAAGAACACCCCCCCUCCCCCUGAGGCUCCAGUUCCACCAGACCCCAGCACUGCUGUGGAGCAAGAUCAAGAUAAAAGUAAAAAAGAUGAAAGCAGUGGUUUUUCGUGUGAGCCUGAUGAAUAUGCAAAACUUGUUAAAGAAAUUAAGUCCAGUGAUAUUAUACAGAACCACCGUGCUGGCUUGUUUACAGUCCACAAGAAUUCCUUCAGUGGAAAUGACUUGGUAGAUUGGAUUCGGUGGAAUUGGCCAGAGAUCUGAGAAAGUUGAUACUGAAGCUGUAUGGCAGUUUCUUGUCUGAAGAUGGCAAGGCAGUUGAUUACAAGGGCAUUGGUCAAAGUGAGGACUUUCAGAAGUAUCUUGAGAUGACCAGAGACCUACAAAGGGUUCAGAUAGAGGAUGCUAGUCGAGAAGAAAAGAUUGCCUUCUUCAUCAAUAUCUACAACGCUUUGGUCAUUCAUGCCACUGUGAAAAAUGGGCCAGCUGUCAACAUUUGGCAGAGAUACAAGUUUUUUAACAAGGUACGAUACAUUAUUGGUGGUUAUUCCUACUCUCUUCAAGACAUUGAAAAUGGUAUUCUAAGAGCUAAUAGGAAGGGUAUUGGUAUGCUAUUUAAGCCAUUUGGAAAAAGUGAUCCCCGCUUGAAAGUGGCCUUACAAAAGCAUGAACCACUUAUCCACUUUGCCUUGGUGUGUGGAGCAAAAAGCUGUCCACCAAUUAAGACCUAUACGUCUGAGCGCAUUUAUGACCAACUGAACUUGGCAGCAAAGUCUUUCUUGGAGGGCGAUGAUGGGUGUUCAGUAGACAUGGAAAACCAUCAUGUCAAGUUGUCCAAAAUUCUGAAGUGGUAUGGGGAAGAUUUCGGAUCAAAUGACGAAGAGGUUUUGCUGUGGGUCCAUGAACAUUUAAGAGAAGGGGACAAGAAAUCUCAAAUUGCAGAACUUCUUGCAGAGAAAUCAUUUAAAAUAUCCUACUGGCCAUAUGACUGGGCAGUGAAUGCAAAAUAAAUAGAGAUAUCUAUAUAUAGUUAAACUUCAAUUAUAUAAAUGGAACAUUACUUUUCUCAGUUGCUGUUAAAUGGAUUUCCUUGUAGAGCAUUUAAAGGAUUUUAUGAUAACUUUCACAGCGAAGACGCCGAGAAGACAUGAUCUGAGUUGAGAAUAUAUAGCCUGAACUCAAGAUUUGCAGUACUAUGCAAUAGAAAAGAAUCUAUACUUCUUAGAUGUAAAAAAAUUAUACUUAAAACAUUCUUGUGGUUUCUCAGGACUGCAGUUGUAAAAUUAUACAAUUUUGGAUGUUAUAUUUCAACGUUGUUAUGUAAAAUUAUGUCAUAUUACAAUUUCUAAAACAUUAAUUGGUUCUAAAGACCAUUCCAUGUUCAGGUUGAAGAAUAUUU